AUGCGACAUGCCUCAAUCCUGGGACGGCGAUUGAGCCAAGUCACGAGCAGCGUGUCCCCUCGCUUUACUCGACUGGCAUUCGCCAAUCCAUCAAGAUUCACACCGACCGGUGGGCGACAGCGACGAUGGAACUCCGACACUUCAUCAUCUGAGCGCUCUGAGCCUGGGAAGUCACCUUCUUUUCCAGCGCGACAGUGGUCAACACCUCUAGCGAAGAUCAUUGCAGAUGCUGUCGAGGUGACUGGUCCGAUAUCCCUCUCGGCCUACAUGCGCCAAUGCCUCACCUCCGAGUUGGGCGGCUACUACACCUCACAGCAUACUUCGGCAGAUCAAUUUGGCAAAAAGGGAGACUUCAUCACAUCUCCGGAAAUAUCACAGGUGUUCGGAGAACUGGUGGGAGUUUGGUUCCUCAGCGAGUGGAUGGCCCAGCAACGACCGCAGGCUGGUGUCAGUUUCAUUGAGCUGGGACCCGGUCGAGGCACCUUGAUGAGCGAUAUAUUGCGGACAGCAUCUCAGUUCAAAACUUUCGUCGGCAGCAUAGAAGAGGUAUGGAUGAUUGAGGCAGGCGACGCAUUGAGGCAGAGUCAGUGUGAACUGCUCUGCGGCAGCAACGAAAUGGUAGAGAAGCAUGGAGACAUCGAUGGCAAAAAAUGGACUUGGUGGGAGGCAGAGUCAAAGGACGACUUUGGCGGCGUUACCGUGAAAUGGGUCGAAGAUGUUGUUCUCCUACCACCUCACCAGUCUACAGUAACGCCCUUCAUCAUCGCUCACGAGUUCUUUGACGCCCUGCCGGUCCAAGUAUUCGAGUCUGUCGCUCCAGCUCCGGAGGAAGACCGCCAACCUCAGCUCCUCGACAAGGCUGGCCGCCCAAUGGUGCAGCCCAGCAGUGCCAGCAAGACACCGCAGUGGCGGGAGCUACUCGUCACAACAACUAAACGCAAGCUUGAGAUCAAAGACAUGCUCCGCACCGAAGCUGAAGCAGAGCGUGAUCACGCCAAAGCCAACGAGUCCCAAGAUGACUUUCGCCUAACAUUGGCCCACGCAAGCACGCCGGCUUCGCUGGUCCUCCCCGAGCGUCCUCGCUACCGACACCUCAAGUCGCAGGUCGGAUCUCGAAUCGAGAUCUCUCCCGAUUCAGCACGUUAUGCUAGUGCCAUCUCACAGCUUAUUGGCAACCAAUCCAAACCUGCUGGCGCAGCUCUUGUCAUUGAUUACGGUCCAGCAGAUACUGUGCCCGUCGAUUCAUUGCGUGGCAUCAGGCAGCACACCAUCGUCUCACCGUUCAAGCACGCCGGCCAAGCAGACUUGAGUGCGGAUGUUGAUUUCACUGCUGUCGCUGAUGCGGCCUUGGAGGCAUCAGAAGGCGUCGAAGUGCAUGGGCCAGUGGAGCAGGGUAUGUGGCUUCAGCAGCUUGGAAUUCAAGAACGCGCCGCGAGGAUCGUGAAGGCGAUCGUUGCCGAAAAAUCGAAUGACAUGGAGGACCGAAUCAAGACUUUUGAAUCUGGCUGGAAACGGUUGGUCGAAGCGGGACCUAGGGGCAUGGGCAAGGCUUAUAAAGUCAUGGCCAUCGUGCCCGAAGGAGGUGGCAAGCGACGACCUGUGGGGUUUGGUGGCUCUGUUGUAGGGUAG